AUGGAAGAAGUUUCAACUUUCGAAAUGUUACCCGAUGAAAUGAUAUUAGUCGUAUGUCAGUAUCUUCGUGAUGCAGAAAUUCUCUAUUCAUUUUUCAAUUUGAAUGCUCGUCUUAAUUCGACAAUAGCCGACUUCUGUCAUUAUGUGAAUAUCAAGGGUGUUACAUGUAAACAGUUUGAAAUUGUUACGACGCAAAUCGUUCCUGAAAUUAACCUAUCCAUACGAUCAUUUGUGUUCGAUGGAUUAUGGGAAAAUACCUUGUUUAACACGCACUAUCCGACUUUGUUUCAGUCGAAGUUGUCUUUACUGUUUCCACAAUUGCAUACAUUGUCACUCGUGAAUUUCGUUAAUGAACAACUAAAUUUAUUUCUUGACAAAAUCACAGAUCUUUCUCAACUUGUCAAACUUGAUAUUCGAAAUCUUUUGAAUGACCAUACAGAAGAAUUACUGAAAAAAGUUUUAGCAGCUAACAAUAAUCAACUGAAAUUUGUAUCAUUCGGUUAUGAUUCAAACGAUUUUAUUCUGACAACAACUAGCAAUGAUCAAGCUGUUUCUUAUCCGAAUAUCGAAGAGUUGAUAAUGCACUUAAAAACAGAUAAAACACUAGAACAUCUUUUUACCCUUAUACCUCAUAUUAAUCGUUUACAUAUUCAAUUUGAUCAGUUAUCAUCUACUUCAAAAUCAACAUUAACAAAUGUUUCAUCUCUUGUCCAUCUGAAAGAUUUUCAAUUACGUUCGAUAAAUUUACAUUGGUCAUUAGACGAAAUAGCUUAUAUCCUGAGUCAGAUGCCAUCGUUGCAGCGAUUAGCAUUGGAUCUACGUACAAAAGAUCCAUGUCUCGUUAACGGACAAAAUUUUAUUCAAAUUCUACCUCCAUCACUUAUCGAAAUUCAUUUAUUCAUAAUUUAUUACUUCACCGAAUCACCUGUCGAAGUAGAUACUUUGCUUUCUACAUGGUCGCCUCAUAUUCGAAUGACAUGUUUGCUGGACAAAUCGAAUGAAUAUGCCGUAAUACAUACAAUUCCUUGUGGUUUAUCUUCAAUUAUCAUUCCAGCAACAAUAGAUAAUUCCAUGAUGGUUGGUUGGGAAUACACACGAAUAGUUACAAAUUUGAAAAUUUAUGGCGAGCAAUGUUCAACUGAUGUACAUCUCAUUGUGCAACAUUUUCAUCGGCUUCGAAAGCUUACCAUUGGCUCAGAAUAUAAUUCAAAAGCAUGUAUGUCAAAAUUCACAAGAAAUAUUUCUACAAAAAAUCUAAUUGUGCAAGUUUCAUCCGCUAAAAGAAACCUAUACAGAGAUAUAAUAGAUAAUAUUUACUAA